AUGCAAUUGCUACGGCUCAUGAUAGCAGUGGCCAUUGUGCUCUUCUCUGUCGUCGUCAUUGCCGCCGAAGACUAUUACAAGGUUCUCGGUCUUGACAAAUCAGCAUCUGAACGAGAUAUCAAGCGCGCAUACAGGACGUUAAGCAAGAAAUACCACCCCGAUAAGAACCCUGGCGAUGACAACGCCCGCGAAAAGUUCGUCACAAUCGCAGACGCCUACGAAGUCCUAUCCACCAGCAAACUGCGCAAAGUCUACGACCAAUACGGCCAUGAUGGCGUCGAACAACACCGCAAAGGCGAAACAGCCGGCGGCAGCCACGACCCCUUCGAUUUGUUCUCGCGUUUCUUCGGCGGCGGCGGCCACUCCGGCCAUGCGCCUGGCCAUCGACGUGGGCCUGAUAUGGAAGUUCGGGCUGCGCUGCCUCUACGCGACUUCUACAAUGGCCGAGAGAUCAAUUUCUUGGUUGAGAAGCAGCAGAUUUGUGAUUCGUGUGAGGGCACUGGGUCUAAGGAUCAUCAGGUUGAGACUUGUGAUCGGUGUAAUGGACGGGGAGCUGUGAUUCAGAAACAUAUGCUUGCGCCUGGAAUGUUCCAGCAGGUGCAGAUGCAGUGUGAUAAGUGUCAUGGGCAAGGGAAGCAGAUUAAGAAUCCGUGUCCUGUUUGCAGUGGGAGUCGGGUUGUCCGGAAGCAGGUUGAGACGAGUGCUGUUAUUGAAGAGGGGAUGGAUGUGGGCACUCGAUUGGUGUUUGAGAAUGAGGCUGAUGAGAGUCCGGACUGGAUUGCCGGUGAUUUGAUUGUUAUUCUUGAUGAGAAGGAGCCAGAACUUGGGAGUGAGGAUGACGAGAGGACGGAUGGAACUUUCUUCCGAAGGAAGGGCAAGGAUCUUUUCUGGAAAGAGAGUCUUUCACUUCGUGAGGCGUGGAUGGGUGAUUGGACUCGGAACAUCACUCAUCUCGAUGGUCAUAUUGUUCAUCUUGGACGUGGUCGUGGUCAGGUCGUACAGCCUUUGGCUGUUGAGACUGUCACUGGUGAGGGCAUGCCUCAUUACUCUGAGGGUCACUUGCAUGAUCAUAAUGAGAAUGACGACCCUGGCAACCUGUACAUCGAGUAUACAGUUGUUCUGCCCGACCAGAUGCAGAGUGGAAUGGAGAAGGACUUCCACGCGCUCUGGGAGAAGUGGCGCAAGAAGAUCGGAAUUGACCUGGCGAAGGAUUCUGGCCGUCCGGUCGUGACUCCGCCGGCGGAGGGCAAGGAUGAACUGUGA